AUGAAAUGGGAGGCUGAGGGGGAAGUCUGGGUAUCGUGCAAGAUUCCUGGAAAGCCCACGAUACGCGGCAGCCUGACGUCAAAGGGAAUAAGUUCUGAUGAGGUUCCGGAAGUGACCGCCUCCGAGGAGUUUGUUGUGCAGGAAGUCACCAAGGUCAGCUACUUGGACAUCUCCAGCGGAGGGGACCUGGGAGUCUCCAGCAGCACAGAUCAGACCUUUAAGGUGUGGGAGACCCAUAAUACAGAAGUAAAGAGCGUGCUGGAAGGUCACACAAGGGACGUCUUUUCCUGCAAGUUCUUCCCUUCGGGGCAGGAGGUGCUGAGCGGCGGGUUGGAUUCGCUGGUGAAGGUCUGGUCCGUGAAUGAUGGAAGCUGCUUAGCGACGAUGAAAGGACACAGAGGAAGUAUCCUGGACAUAGCUGUUGUGGCCGAUGGACAGAAUGUCAUUUCCUCGGGGCAGGACGGCACGGCUCGGUUAUGGGACUCUGCCCAAGGCGCCUGCAUAGCUGUGGUCGAUGACUCCUACUCUCCUAUCAACGCCAUCGCUGUGGCCGAGGUUGGAAACGCAGUCAAUCUGGGCUCUCCCAAGGAAACUCCUAGUAACAGGGAAGUAGGAACAGAAGGCAAGCUGGUGGUACUGGCCCGAGAGGAUAAGUCAUUGGAGGGAGUGAGCCUGCACAGCCGCCAAUCACGAUGGAAACAGGGGUUCUUCUGCGCCACCGGGAAACCGCCCCAAAAUCUCCGCCGUAAUCACUUCCCAGAAACAAACUGACGCCAAAUGUGGGAAAGAGAGCGGCAAACACUACAGCCAAAGGCUGGGGCCCGACAACGAGAGGCAGUUUGUGUGCUCCUUCUGCGGGAAAUGCUUCAGAAGCUACUGCUACAUCAGUGCCCCGUAUGCAGCAAAUGCUUCUCGAAUAAAUCCGUCCUGAUCCGGCAUCACAAGAGCCACACGGGGCAGAGACCAUUCACCUGUAGCUACUGUGAGAAAUGCUUCUCCCACAGAGCCGGCCUGCUGGAGCAUCUCAGUCUGCACGCGGGGGAUAGACCCUACGUGUGCCCCGAGUGCGGCAAGUGCUUUAAGUACAGAGCGUCCCUCACGAGCCAUCGGAGGAUUCACCGAGGGAAGAGCAUCUGUGUGUGAGGGAACGGCGCUCCGGGUUCCAGACUGACAAUUUUGGAAUCAUUUAGUGUUUAGUGCCUUUAAAAGGAAGAAUUGCCUGUUAUAAGACGAUAACAUUCCCCAAAUGCAUCUAUCCAAUCAUAACAGACAUAAAGAUAUUAAUAUUCAUCA